UUAAAUGUGGCAACCCUGUUUCCAGUUAGUUGGUUCCGAGAUACGAACGUGAGAAGACGGACGGUGGUGAAUCCGGUUGAAACUGUGCGGGAUUUUGUGUAAGGGCGAACCAUUCAAUUCUCUGGAAGACAAAAAAAAACAAAACAAUAACUCGCGCGAACACAAAGAGUACCGAAAGACCGGACCGAUAAAGAAAAAAAACAAAAACAGCCCCGCGUGGUACCGGCUUAUUGAGGAGUAAAAGAAAAUAACCGGUCUCACGGUCCCCCCGCCCGGCCGAAAAAAAAACCAAAGCAAGACUGCAUAAAACCAUGACCUUGGUCAAAGCAACCGGCUGUGCGAUGCUGCUCACCAUCAGUGGCCUACUUAUGCUGCUGAUAGUUGCCGAUCAAUCGAGCCACGCAACGGCGGCCGUGACGGCCAGCGGCGAGGGAGGUGAAAGCAUUCUCGAUAAUCUGAUUUCGGGUCUAGUGUCGACGGCGGAAACUGCAAAAAACUACCUGGAUAGCUACAGCGAUCGGGAUGUGAAGGACCCGGCCGAAACAACGGAAGUGACAACCGGAUCGCCACUGGUCGGGCAUGGCACUGCGAAGGCCAUCGGUUCGACGAUUGCAGCGGAACAACCCAAACCCUUCUGGAAUCCGUUCAACUGGCUGAAACCGCGAACGGUGUCGAUUCCGUACAAUCCGGAUACAGAUUUGACUACGCCGGAAAUCGCAGUCCGCCACGGAUACAGUGCGGAAUCUCACACGCUCCGAACGGCAGAUGGUUAUCUGCUAACGUUGCACCGAAUACCGUGUGGCCGAGUCGGUUGUACGGGCAGUGGCAAGGGAACCGGUCAGCCCAUAUUCCUACAGCACGGACUACUGUCCAGUUCGGCUGAUUGGUUGCUCAGUGGGCCGGAGAAGGGUUUAGCGUUCAUGCUGGCCGACGCGGGAUACGACGUUUGGCUGGGGAAUGCCCGAGGGAACACCUACUCGCGGAAGCACAUCUCGAUGAGCAGCGACGAAACGGCCUUCUGGGACUUUAGCUGGCAUGAGAUGGCACUGUUCGACAUUCCGGCCGAAAUUGAUUUCAUUUACAGUAUGAAGGAGCUUGAACAUAACUACACUGCACGGAAUUUACUCUACGUUGGUCACUCUAUGGGAACCACUAUGGCGUUUGUUUUGCUUUCCAGUCGACCGGAGUACAACGACCGAAUAGAGGCCGUAUUUGCCAUGGCUCCGGUAGCAUUCAUGGGACACGUGAAAAGUCCCAUCCGGUUACUUGCUCCGUUUUCCAACGAUAUCGAGAUACCACUUGAUCAGUUUCCAAGUCUUCAUAUUCCCAACUGGGUAGACGGGUUCGCAAACGAUAUCCUCAAGCGGCUAUCGUUGCGUCUGUUGAUGAUCCUGAAAUUCUUCGGAAGCAACGAGUUCUUGCCGCAGAGUAAAAUCAUCCGGUACCUGGCCAAAUACGGCUGUGAGCUUACCGAGGCCGAAAAGUACAUCUGCGAGAACACCGUGUUUGUGUUGUGCGGUUUCGAUAAGGAACAAUACAACGCCACUCUGAUGCCGGUAAUUUUUGGUCACACCCCGGCCGGAACGUCAACCAAAACGGUAGUACACUACGCCCAGGAGAUUCAUGAGAACGGGAAUUUCCAGCAGUUUGACUAUGGUGAAGCGGAAAACCAACGGCGUUACGGGCAGCCAAAACCUCCAAGUUACGACCUGAACAGCAUCACUACUCCGAUCGCCCUAUUCUACGCCAACAAUGACUGGCUGGCCGGUCCGAUGGAUGUGGCAAACCUGUUCAGUCGGCUGUCACGAACCUCGAUCGGUAUGUUCCGGGUACCGAAUGACAACUUCAAUCACGUCGAUUUCCUGUGGGGUAAUGACGCACCCGAGGUAGUCUACAAGCAGUUGCUUAUGCUUUUACAAAGAUAUAAGUAGGUUUAUUUUUGGAGACAAUGGUUACCGGGCGCUGGAGUCUCUCGGACUAGGGCAUUUUCCUAAUGAUAAAAUAAAAAGAUAAACGCUUUUCUAAUUAGGUUUCUACGGGAAAUAUACUGAUAAGUAGUAA